GGGAAAUAAGAAAAAGGGUUGUAAAGCAGGGGUAGGGCAGGGGAAGAAAACAACAAGAGAGAGAGAGAGGGAGAGAGAAAGAAGGAGUUGAGGCGGAGAGGAGGAGACGAGAGAGAGAUAUAGAAUUAGCACAGCUCUGAUGUUUGAUUUUAUUACUGUUUUCAUUGGUUUCUUUGUUUCCUAGUUCCAUGGCGUUUUAGCAGCAUCAACAGAAUCAGUAGGUGCGACUCUGACAAGCACAUCUUCUGAUUCGUCGUCAACUACCAUGUCUAUGGUAACUCCUACAUCAGAAUCUCCUUCAUCCAUGACAUCUAUGCCAACAACAGAACCUGUAGGUGCAACUCCAAUGAGCACACCUUCUGAUGCAUCAUCAACUACCAUGUCUAUGGCAACUCCUACAUCAGAAUCUCGUUCAUCCAUGACAUCUAUGCCAACAACAGAAUCAGUAGAUGCGACUCCAAUGAGCACACCUUCUGAUGCAUCAUCAACUACCAUGUCUAUGGCAACUCCUACACCAGAAUCUCAUUCAUCCAUGACAUCUAUGCCAGCAACAGAAUCUGUAGGUGCAACUCCAAUGAGCACACCUUCUGAUGCAUCAUCAACUGCCAUGUCUAUGGCAACCCCUACAUCAGAAUCUCCUUCAUCCAUGACAUCUAUGCCAACAACAGAAUCUGUAGGUGCAACUUCAAUGAGCACACCCUCUGAUUCAUCAUCAACUACCAUGUCUAUGGCAACUCCUACAUCAGAAUCUCCUUCAUCCAUGACAUCUAUGCCAACAACAGAAUCAGUAGAUGCGACUCCAAUGAGCACACCUUCUGAUGCAUCAUCAACUACCAUGUCUAUGGCAACUCCUACAUCAGAAUCUCCUUCAUCCAUGACAUCUAUGCCAACAACAGAAUCAGUAGAUGCGACUCCAAUGAGUACACCUUCUGAUGCAUCAUCAACUACCAUGUCUAUGGCAACUCCUACACCAGAAUCUCCUUCAUCCAUGACAUCUAUGCCAGCAACAGAAUCUGUAGGUGCAACUCCAAUGAGCACACCUUCUGAUGCAUCAUCAACUGCCAUGUCUAUGGCAACCCCUACAUCAGAAUCUCCUUCAUCCAUGACAUCUAUGCCAACAACAGAAUCUGUAGGUGCAACUUCAAUGAGCACACCCUCUGAUUCAUCAUCAACUACCAUGUCUACGGCAACUCCUACAUCAGAAUCUCCUUCAUCCAUGACAUCUAUGCCAACAACAGAAUCUGUAGGUGCAACUCCAAUGAGCACACCUUCUGAUGCAUCAUCAACUACCAUGUCUAUGGCAACUCCUACAUCAGAAUCUCCUUCAUCCAUGACAUCUAUGCCAACAACAGAAUCAGUAAAUGCGACUCCAAUGAGCACACCUUCUGAAGCAUCAUCAACUACCAUGUCUAUGGCAACUCCUACAUCAGAAUCUCCUUCAUCCAUGACAUCUAUGCCAACAACAGAAUCUGUAGAUGCGACUCCAAUGAGCACACCUUCUGAUGCAUCAUCAACUACCAUGUCUAUGGCAACUCCUACAUCAGAAUCUCCUUCAUCCAUGACAUUUAUGCCAACAACAGAAUCUAUAGGUGCAACUCCAAUGAGCACACCCUCUGAUUCAUCAUCAACUACCAUGUCUACGGCAACUCCUUCAUCAGAAUCUCCUUCAUCCAUGACAUCUAUGCCAACAACAGAAUCUGUAGGUGCAACUCCAAUGAGCACACCUUCUGAUGCAUCAUCAACUACCAUGUCUAUGGCAUCUCCUACAUCAGAAUCUCCUUCAUCCAUGACAUCUAUGCCAACAACAGAAUCUGUAGGUGCAACUCCAAUGAGCACACCUUCUGAUACAUCAUCAACUACCAUGUCUAUGGCAACUCCUACAUCAGAAUCUCCUUCAUCCAUGACAUCUAUGCCAACAACAGAAUCUGUAGGUGCUACUCCAAUGAGCACACCCUCUGAUUCAUCAUCAACUACCAUGUCUACGGCAACUCCUACAACAGAAUCUCCUUCAUCCAUGACUUCUAUGCCAACAACAGAAUCAGUAGAUGCGACUCCAAUGAGCACACCUUCUGAUUCAACAUCAACUACCAUGUCUACGGCAACUCCUACAUCAGAAUCUCCUUCAUCCAUGACUUCUAUGCCAACAACAGAAUCAGUAGAUGCAACUCCAAUGAGCACACCUUCUGAUGCAUCAUCAACUACCAUGUCUACGGCAACUCCUAUAUCAGAAUCUCCUUCAUCCAUGACAUCUAUGCCAACAACAGAAUCUGUAGGUGCAACUCCAAUGAGCACACCUUCUGAUGCAUCAUCAACUACCAUGUCUAUGGCAACUCCUACAUCAGAAUCUCCGUCAUCCAUGACAUCUAUGCCAACAACAGAAUUUGUAGGUGCAACUCCAAUGAGCACACCUUCUGAUGCAUCAUCAACUGCCAUGUCUAUGGCAACUCCUACAUCAGAAUCUCCUUCAUCCAUGACAUCUAUGCCAACAACAGAAUCUGUAGGUGCAACUCCAAUGAGCACACCUUCUGAUGCAUCAUCAACUGACAUGUCUAUGGCAACUCCUAUAUCAGAAUCUCCUUCAUCCAUGAUAUCUAUGCCAACAACAGAAUCUGUAGGUGCAACUCCAAUGAGCACACCUUCUGAUGCAUCAUCAACUACCAUGUCUAUGGCAACUCCUACAUCAGAAUCUCCUUCAUCCAUGACGUCUAUGCCAACAACAGAAUCUGUAGGUGCAACUCCAAUGAGCACACCUUCUGAUGCAUCAUCAACUGCCAUGUCUAUGGCAACUCCUACAUCAGAAUCUCCUUCAUCCAUGACAUCUUUGCCAACAACAGAAUCUGUAGGUGCAACUCCAAUGAGCACACCUUCUGAUGCAUCAUCAACUACCAUGUCUAUGGCAACUCCUACAACAGAAUCUCCUUCAUCCAUGACAUCCAUGCCAACAACAGAAUCUGUAGGUGCAACUCCAAUGAGCACACCUUCUGAUGCAUCUUCAACUACCAUGUCUAUGGCAACUCCUACAUCAGAAUCUCCUUCAUCCAUGACAUCUAUGCCAACAACAGAAUCUGUAGGUGCAACUCCAAUGAGCACACCUUCUGAUGCAUCAUCAACUACCAUGUCUAUGGCAACUCCUACAUCAGAAUCUCCUUCAUCCAUGACUUCUAUGCCAACAACAGAAUCUGUAGGUGCAACUCUAAUGAGCACACCUUCUGAUGCAUCAUCAACUACCAUGUCUAUGGCAACUCCUACAUCAGAAUCUCCUUCAUCCAUGACAUCUAUGCCAACAACAGAAUCUGUAGGUGCAACUCCAAUGAGCACACCUUCUGAUGCAUCAUCAACUACCAUGUCUAUGGCAACUCCUACAUCAGAAUCUCCUUCAUCCAUGACAUCUAUGCCAACAACAGAAUCUGUAGGUGCAACUCCAAUGAGCACACCUUCUGAUGCAUCAUCAACUACCAUGUCUAUGGCAACUCCUACAUCAGAAUCUCCUUCAUCCAUGACAUCCAUGCCAACGACAGAAUCUGUAGGUGCAACUCCAAUGAGCACACCUUCCGAUGCAUCAUCAACUACCAUGUCUAUGGCAACUCCUACAUCAGAAUCUCCUUCAUCCAUGACUUCUAUGCCAACAACAGAAUCUGUAGGUGCAACUCUAAUGAGCACACCUUCUGAUGCAUCAUCAACUACCAUGUCUAUGGCAACUCCUACAUCAGAAUCUCCUUCAUCCAUGACAUCUAUGCCAACAACAGAAUCUGUAGGUGCAACUCCAAUGAGCACACCUUCUGAUACAUCGUCAAAUGCCAUGUCUACGGCAACACCUACACCAACUUCGUCAUCCACUGAGGUAGCAACCACGAGUGGGCCUGCUGCAACCACGAGUGGGCCAGCUGCAACCACGAGUGGGCCUGCUGCAACCACGAGUGGGCCUGCUGCAACCACGAGUGGGCCUGCUGCAACCACGAGUGGGCCUGCUGCAACCACGAGUGGGCCAGCUGCAACCACGAGUGGGCCUGCUGCAACCACGAGUGAGCCUUCUGCAACCCCAAUGCCAGAGAUCGACCCAUGUUCAUCAUCUCCGUGCCAAAAUGGAGGCGAAUGCUCAUCAAAUAAUGCUGUUUAUUUAUGUACAUGUCUGGACACUCACGAGGGAACCAAUUGUGAAACAGCCAAGACUGGCUGCAGUAGUAAUACCGGAUGCCCCACAAGAGAGAGCUGCAAUUCCGACACUAACGUGUGUGAAUGUAACGGGAAUUCGGUGAGGAAUGCUAACGGUGUCUGCAGAGUUCCCCGCCGUACAUUGUCGUUGAGCAUUGUGAUCGUGGAAUUCCAAAGCAACACAGAUUUCCGAGACAUCGUCAACAAUCCUACCUCGGUAGAAUCUAUGGACGUUAGACAGCGCCUUACUAUCAUCAUCUUUGCUAUAUACCGAAGCCGAUAUGGACCCGUCUUCAUCGGCGUAGUCAUCAGAGGCUUCUCUUUAGGGAGUCUCGAAGUCGACGCCGAUCUCAUGUUCGAUGAACCCGAAAACGCCACGACCAUACAACCCCCUACUGCAGCUGAAGCAGCCCAGGAGUUUAUGGAUAGUCUCGAGAAUGGAAACUCUACUGGAGGAUUUGUCUUGGUCCCAUCAAGGACAACCGUUACUGAUAUUAACGAGUGCUCCAAUAGCACAUUGAACGACUGUAGCUCGUAUGCAGAGUGCACUAACACCCAGGGUAGUUUUUCAUGUGCAUGUCAAGAGGGGUUCAUAGACACCACUCCUGCACCAGAUCGCGGAAGACAAUGUGAAGAUUUAAACGAGUGUAGUGAUGCAAGUAUUUGCGCCCAGUAUGCUACUUGUUCGAACUCUGUGGGCAGCUAUUCGUGUUCAUGUUUCGUGGGCUUCACCGGCGAUGGAAGAACAUGCACUCCAGAUGGGUCAGCAGGCCUCAGCGACGGAGCCCUAGCCGGCAUUGUCAUCGGGUGUGUGGUAAUCGUCUUCCUCAUAUUAUUCCUCUUGAUGGUGUUGUACAUCAAAAUGCGUCGGAUGAUGUCUUAUGAAAGAAAAUUAGCAAGGUCAGUCAGUCGAUUUGGACCAAUGGACAGAGAGAGAGAAGCCAUGCCAUUUGGAAACGGCAACGGCAAUCAGAGAGACAGUUAUCCAUUGGCCGACUACCCGUCCGACAUGGAACUCGGCCACAUGCGUAAGCCCGGCUACUCCAAUGGUGCAUACACGUCACAUAAUGAAGCUCGGGGGAGAAAAAUUUAAAAUUUAGAAUCAAAUGUGCACUGUAAUGUGCAGAAUAAUAUAUGCAAUUGAAUCUAGUUACCAGGGUGAUAAUAAUGAUAAUAGUGUGAGCGCUUUGGUCAGUCAAUGGUAGAGGAACAGGUAUAAAUAUCAUCAUUGUCAUUUAUUAUUAUUAUUAUUAAU